GACUCUUCCCCCAAAGAGUGACCACUGACAUAACACCAUCUUGACACCACUCUGCAAUCGAAUUGUUCUGAGUAAAUCCCGACACGCAAUGAGCUACGUCACUAACGCUACCGCCUGGCUGUCUGAUUCUAUCAACUCCCAGACCAAAAGCCUGAUCGCCGCCUUCUACGAGCUCGCAGACUCCAAGGAGGAGGACGCGGGCCACCGACUGUCCACCGAGGUAUUUUCGAAUGAUGCGACCUUCAUCAGUCCUAGUGGGACUUUUCAUGGGUCUACAGAGAUAUCAAAAUGCAGAGAAGGUGCAUGGAGUGUCGUGACUUUGAGGAGGCACAUCAUCUCAAAGGCGUUCGCAGCACUCGCAGGCACAAAUACGAAUAGCAAGACUGAAUUAGUCUUGCUCGGGUCCGUCCACAUGGAGUUUAUCAACAAGAAGAGUCUCGACUCGCCGUUCGCAGCUCACAUUGUCAUUGGGUCCUCCACUCAAGCAUUAGCGGAGCCUCGUAUCGAGUUUAUGGAAGCGUUUUCUGAUAAAUCGCGGCUCGCGGAGGUCUUGAGCGCGAGAUAGCCCGUUGAUGAGAGAUCUGAGUUGAAAUGCUGUCAAUUUUUGGAGCAAGAGAUUUUCUUCAGAGAAAUGAGUCUGUUCUGAAGUAUUCGGCAACAGUGUGUAUAGUACCUAAGGUGACCAGACAUUGUGUUCGCACGCCUCAUCCCGUACUCCGUGGGUG